GUUUUUUUAUCAAAUGACCUAAAACAUGAUGGCCAUGCAUCACAACACUUUCAAAUGAAAGUGAUUUAUGAGUUAGCUAAUCGUGGUCAUGCUUUCACUAAAGUUAUCAGUUUUAGUGAUGGAUGUGCAGCACAGUACAAAGGAAAAUUAAAUUUUGUAGACUUAUCUUUCUCAAAGGAAGAUACAAAUGUGUCCAUAGAGAGGCACUAUUUUGGUAGUCGCCAUGGAAAAGGGCCAUGCGAUGCUGAAAUAGGUGUUGUUAAAAAAAAUGCUACAUUGGCCAUUAAAAGAAGAAUGGCCAUUAUUUCUGAUGCAAAGGGGCUAUUCCUUUGGGCAAAAGAAUACAUGACAAAGGCAGAGCCUACAAGUAAAAGAACAUUUUUCCUUGUGGAACAAGGAGAAAUCAAUCGAGACAGGCCUGACAGGUCCAACGAAAAGAUUCGAAGCCUUCAGGGAUCGAGGUCAGUCCAUGCAGUGAGAGGUAUUACACCUUACAAUAUUGCCUACAGAAAAAGAAGCUGUUUCUGCUUUCCUUGCAGAAAUUCAGAUGGCAGUCAGUGCCUGCAUGAUGAAAUAUGUGGAUCUUGGAAUAUGUUCAAACUUCAGAAACAGAAUGUGGUGCAAUCUCAAUCAAAUCUUGAAUCCUCUUUGGAUGUCAGUCCCAUAUGCUCAAAUUCAAAGGCCCAAACAUUGUCCUCCACAAAUCAAAAGUACAUUGUAAAUAGCUGUGUGAUUGUCAAGUAUGGGGAAAUAUUCUAUCCAGGAGUUGUGACAGAAGUCCUGGAUGAUCAGCGCAGAAUAAUUUUUUUAAAAAGGCACAGAAAUAAAAGAGAUAUAUUUGUAUACCCAGAAGUGCAGGACAUACAAUUAGUGUAUGCAGACAUGAUUGUUACUGAAGUGAUGUUGAUACCAAAUGGCAAUAGUUUGAGAGAGUGGAGAGUGGAAGGUUUUGAUUUCUGAAUAUGUCUGUCUAAUAAAAUUUGUGUACAGUUUUAUGCCUUUUUUCUUUCUUUUUUUUUUUUAAACCUUUUUCUGUGUGUUAAAACUAACAAAACAUAUAAAAUAUAUAUUUGUCAAUCAUUAAAAAUAUUAAUGACCAUUUACUUGUGCACAGAUAAAACAAAAAUUUAAACUUUUAAACAUUAUUUAAAAAAAUGGUGUCCCAUGAAGCACCCGCAACAUUUUGUGAAAUUGAAGCAGCAUUUUUACAAAUGGGUACUUUAUGACUAGAAUAGUGAACUUAAUAAUAAGUCUAAUGGAUCACUUUAGUGCAAAAAUAAAAUAAUUUCUAUAUUCUCACAGAAUAUCUUUUUCAAAAACUUUAACUUGUAGUGUCACAGGUGCUACGGUGUCCCAAUUUUUGAAUUGAGCUCAAAUCCACUUUUUUUAUGCAAAAGCAUAAAUUUCAGUAUCUAAAGACUAGUAACAAUAAAGACAGUUAUAUUAUGCUAAAAUACAAUGAAUUUAUCAAUUGGUAGUUCUUAAAUUAUCAAGUGGUGUCCCGGUGAUGCACCUGUGACGCAAAAGGGGGUACCCCUUGAAUAGACACUGCUGUCAAAAUCUACAUCUUGCAAUUCAUUUUCUAUUGAUAAAUUCUUAAAGUGAACUGGUUGAAGAAGUGAAUACAGUUGAAAUGAAACCAAAAACUUCAACUUUAAUUUUUAGCAUAAUGUGACACUUUUUGGCACCAGUACUGGAGAAACACUCAUCUAUAAUCAUAGUGCCCUUUAUUUAGUCAAUAUAGUCAAGUCAAGGUAGUGGAACGUAAACUCGAAGGUUUAAUACAAUAUGGUAUGAGUCUAUGAUUAUUAACAAGUAGAACCAUGGCAACCAGUUCUGAUGAUGUACCAGAAUGGCUCAAGGAUCAUACUUAUACUAUUUCUACUCUCUGGGCAUCCAUUCAAUAUUUAAUUUAUGUUUGGAAAUGCAAGAAAAAGGCAUGCAUUCCUGAAAAGUCAAUGAUUGGUUGCACCUCUUAAAGAUAACUUUCUGUUAUGAGAAAAGAUGAGAUUCUUGGACUCCUGCAUAGCACCACCAGAAAGGAAAAUCCCAUCAUGUUGCAAAAUAAAAGUCUUGGACCAAUUUUAAUUUAAGAUAUAUAUAUUAUACUGUAAGCUGUAUACAUAUUUAUGUAUAUCCUGUCAUUCAGCCAACAGGUUUGGAUUUAGUAUUUCUUUAAAUCUGUUUGAUAUUGUACUUGAAAACUAUUAAUCUGAGCCCCAUUAAAACAAGAGGGAGUGCAGUGGAUGAGUGGUAAGGGAAAUUUUACUUUUUUAAAAUUAAAAUAAGAAUCUAACAAAAGUAAACAUAUAAAAUAUGGUGCAUUCUCCUUAAAACUAAAACCUGGUGCAAAGGUUUAAAAUGUUGGCAAAAAAAAAAGCAACAUCAAUUAAAUAUUCUUAAUUCCCUUUGCAAAACUUACUGAGAAGAACAUGCAUGUUGUUCCCUCAUAAGUUUCUUGACAGAGGAAAUCUUGUUUAUAUUAGAUUUGAAUUAAGCAAAUUAAGAAAAAAAUUAUAAUCAUUAUUUCAAAUGGUUGUAUCUAAACCUUAUGAAUUAUUUUUCAGUUAUAAGUAUAUUGAAAUGAAUGGAUAAUCAUGAAAUUGUUAAAUAAUAGCUGCUAUCAUUCCAUUGACUAAAGAACCAUAAUUUUUUUUUUAAUUAAUUUCAAAAUUAAUUAAUUAAUUAAUUUUCAAGCAGAGUUCACAUAGAUCUUGAGUGAAAUUUUUCUUUUUUUGACUAAUGCUUCAAUUUUAUUGUAUCAUUAGUUUUUUAUUUUUAUUACCCAGAAUAUUUUAAAAAUGAGUACACUAUUUUCAUGUAAUAAUGUAACUUGGUAUUCCCACAUCAAAAUACGCUAUAAUCUUUAGGCCAUAUAGAUUUGUAUAAAUAUAAAUUAACUUGCUUAAAUACAUUGUAAAUGUAUAUUGUUUGGAUAAGAAUAAAGUUUUUCUGUAGACAA